GAAGACGGAAGUUCACUGAGUGAACGAUCAUGUCGCUGUCACCGGACUCGGCACUUUUCGGAAUCUUUCGGUGCAUCUCGUCGCAGACGCCUUUGACUGCGGCUCCAUCGCCGAGCGGACGGACCCGCUGCUCUCCUCCCAGAUUCGAGCACCGACUGUCGGAUCCUCCAAACCACGCACGCCGCUUCUCGGAAAGCCCCCAGCUCCUUGACAAAUGCAAGCUAUCAAAUGUGUGGUGGUCGGCGACGGGGCUGUGGGUAAGACCUGUCUGCUGAUUAGCUACACCACCAAUGCCUUCCCCGGAGAAUACAUCCCCACUGUCUUUGACAACUACUCUGCCAAUGUCAUGGUGGACGGCAAACCUGUGAACCUGGGCCUCUGGGACACAGCGGGACAGGAGGACUACGACAGACUCAGACCAUUGUCUUACCCACAGACGGAUGUGUUCUUGAUAUGCUUCUCCCUGGUCAGCCCGGCCUCCUUUGAGAACGUCCGUGCUAAGUGGUACCCGGAGGUCCGACAUCAUUGCCCCAACACACCCAUCAUCCUGGUGGGCACCAAGCUGGACCUGCGAGAUGACAAGGACACCAUCGAGAGGCUGCGAGACAAGAAACUUUCCCCCAUCACCUACCCACAGGGCCUGGCCAUGGCCAGAGAGAUCGGAGCAGUGAAGUACCUGGAGUGCUCCGCUCUGACCCAGAGAGGCCUGAAGACGGUUUUUGAUGAGGCCAUCCGAGCCGUGCUCUGCCCUCCACCCGUCAAGAAGAGGGGAAAGAGGUGCACCGUGUUCUGAGCAGGAAGCCUCACUCACACACUCCAUCACCACAAACCACAACCGUGGCAUAUCUGAGAGCGUGAAAACCCGUGUUAGUGUGAAUGGCACAUGUCCGCGCUCUGUGUCUGCUAGCAUGUAAGUUCAUGUGAAUACUGGGUGUCUGUGAGCG